AUGGCCGCCUUGCUGCCAGUUUUAUUAAUCGGCUUGAUUGCCAGCGUUUGGGCUGGUUACAGCUCCUCGCUGGCUGACAACUCUGGCAGCUCGAGCAACUCUAUUGUCAGCGGCAGCAAGUGUGAUAAGAAUCCGCUCGCCGAGCUCACCUUUCAACUGAGUGGCAGCAAUCUGCAUUGGCCCUGUGAUUCUACCAAGAAUAUCUAUGUGCAAUCGGGUCGUUAUGUGCCCCGAAAUGUGAUCGUGACUCGGGCACAGUUGCAACGCGAUUCGGCAUUUGUGGCACUGCCCAGAUACAAACAGGGCGUGCCCUUUACCCUCGGCAAGGUCAAUUUGAAGAAGGGCGAGUGUCUGGCCAAGAUUGCCCCAUAUCCAUGCUGGGCCAUCCAGGAGGAGGGCAACUGUCAGGCUCUCCAAUCUGUGGUCGAUGUCGCUGUGGAUCCCAAUGGUUUAUUGUGGGCCUUGGAUGUGGGCAUUGUGAAUACAUUGGAGCAGCCAAUUCGCCGUUGCAGUCCCAAAAUCGUGGCUAUAAACACGGCCAAUAACAAGGUGGUCAAGAGCAUUGAUCUCAGCGAUCUGGUUACCUCCGAAUCUCGACUGCAAUUCAUCGUGGUCGAUUACUCCAAGGAUAACAAGCCCUUUGUCUAUGUAGCUGAUGCUGGAGCACGUAGCAUUCUAGUCUAUGAUAUAACUGGCAACAAAUCCUAUCGCAUUGUCCUGCCCAGAGCGACAGCUCCCACCAACGAUGUGCUCUACGUGGCGUUGACCUCCAAACCCGAUGGCACCUCCACACUCUUCUUCAGCUACCUGAGCUCGUCGCGACUCUACUCGAUCAAGGGAGAGUAUCUGCGAGUCGGUCAGGGCGCUGGCUCCAUCAUUGAUGUGGGACCCAAGCCCUAUGGCAAACAGGCUGUACUUUUAGGUGCCGACGGAGGCACCUCGCUCUUCUUCAGAUACAAGGGAGAGAAUGACAUUUAUCUGUGGGAUUCGGAGACCUGCUUCAAGGCCUCCAAUUUGCAGGAGGUGCAACGCGGCGGGGAUUGUCGUCUUUCCACACAGGUGCUGCCGGGACACAAGCGUUUCAUGUGGGCACUGGAAAGUAAUUUCCACGACUUCAUCUCCGAUCGCACAGGUUGCAAUGGCGCCUCCAUUGUCCUGCAUCCUGUGGUGCGCGAAUGCGAUGAUUAAGUUUUUCUUCAUACUCUUUAAGUCUUGUUAUUGUAUUUAAUAUAAAGUUGCC